AUGUCGCCCCCCACAGAUCGCAAGCAGAUCCUGGAAACGUUCCGCAAGCAGACACAAGAUAGUCGAGCGAUAGUAGGAGCAGGAGCCGGCAUUGGUCUUUCUGCCAAGUUCAUCGAGGAAGGUGGCGGAGACCUGAUCAUCAUUUACAACAGUGGGCGGUUUCGCAUGGCAGGUCGAGGAUCGCUGGCCGGACUGAUGCCAUACUCCAACGCCAACGACGUGGUCGUCGACAUGGCCAAGGAGGUGAUACCGGUCGUGAAGCAUACUCCAGUUAUCGCAGGCAUCUGCGGGACAGAUCCGUUCAAAGACAUGACUCGAUUGCUGAAGCAGCUGAAGGAACUGGGCUUCGCAGGCGUGCAGAACUUCCCCACUGUGGGAUUGAUCGAUGGCACCUUCCGAGCGAAUCUGGAGGAGACUGGUAUGGGCUUCGAUAUGGAGGUCGAGGCGAUUCGGAUAGCGCAUGAGAUGGACAUGCUCACCACUCCAUACGUGUUCAACGCUGAUGAAGCAACGAAGAUGGCCACGGCGGGUGCGGACGUUGUUGUUGCGCACAUGGGCCUUACCUCGUCUGGGUCGAUAGGUGCCAAGUCGGGCAAGAGCCUUGAUGACUGCGUGAAGGAGGUCCAAGCCAUCCGCGAUGCUGCGACGAAGGUCAACAAAGAUAUCAUGGUGCUGUGUCAUGGCGGACCUAUCGCGGCACCAGAUGAUGCAAAGUACGUGCUGGAGAAGGUCAGUGGCAUCCAUGGAUUCUUUGGAGCCAGCUCGAUGGAGAGGCUGCCGGUGGAGAAGGCCAUCACAGGCAUAACGCAGGACUUCAAGAGGAUCGCCGUCAAGCAAUGA